CUCCGCCGCCUCCGCUCCCCCCUCCGCCUCCACCGCCCAUUCGUCCUCCUCCCGUCACCGGCGCCGUCACCUCCGUCCUCCGUCCACCCCCUACCUCCCAUCCGCAAACCGUGCGCACGCCGGAGCGGAGGAGUCGGCGACGCCACGAGCAGGGGCAAGGCGAGGAGAUGUUCUCCGGCGACUGGACGCCGCCGUGCGGCAGCUGCUGCACCAAGAAGUACGCGACCCUCGUACAAAUCCCAUGGAGGGUGUUCUGCAAGAAGGGGUGCAACGCGGACGGAGACACCUGGGAGGAGUGCAUAGGCAAAUGCACUGAGAUAUGCUACAAAGAUCCAGUGUUGGAAGAUCGCCAGUGGAGCGCUUACAUCGAUCGGUCGCCAGGAGAGGACAGUUACUCCUUGGAGUGCUUCAAUGCUUGUAUUUCUGGAUGUGGAUACAGGUUUGAUGUACCAGCGGAGAAAGUCGGGCAAAUCAAGCCGAACAGACCUUCCAAGCCACCACCUCCCGUGGUAGAACAGACACAGGCUACUGGUUCAGAACCUGUCGUGAAAGGCGAAGACAAUGUGCCUGGGACAUCAGCGUAGCUUAUGGGUCCCAAAAUUUUGUAAACCUGAGAUUAUCACCGAUUUUCUAGGUUGCGAUGUAUGCUUCAAAUAUUUAGUCCGACUCGCCCUGGACUAAGAUGCUAACUAGGGUAUAUGGAGGAAAUGUUUUAAUCCCAUUGCAAUCUGUUGUUUCUUGGGUUGCUCCUGUUCCACUCAUGACAUCAAGAGGUUAUUUUUGUGCA